ACAGCCUCAGGACUACACAGGAAGAGGGUUCGCGACAAUAUGGCCGCCGCCUGCUAGUUUUCACCAGAUAUCAGAAGCGUUUAGAUAGGCUGUUUUUAAUCGAACCACCGGUUUAGUUUGGAAAAAAGGUUGCUUGUUAUUUAGUACAACAUGGCUCAGUGUAUUCUGUCCGUACAAGAAUUCAUUCAGGAUUCGUUUGUCCCCAUGAUAGCCGUGUUAUGUAGCGGUGAAGCGGAGAGACUCACUCGAAAGAACAACCUAAAUUUUGUAGAGCUGUUGAGGCCGUUCUGUCGAUUGACAUCCGAAGGUCACAUCCGGGAUCCAAACAACCAGCUCCAGACUGUGAAGAACUUACGGAUCUGUGUCAGCAAUAUGGUGACCAGUCCCAGUCCAUCUGCUUCCCUUGGAUCCUCCCAGAACCGUCAUCUCAGUGAAGUGGUGUUUUCCUGUCAGCCACAGGAGGCUGCACAGGCCACUGCUUUGAGGACAGGAGACUAUCAUUUAAACUUAAAUGUUACAACACCCUGGUUUGAAGCCUACAGGGAAAACUUCCUGCAGUCCAUGCCUGCCUCUGACCACGAGUUCCUGAAUCACUACCUGGCUUGUCUGCUUGUGGUGUCAUCCACUGAGGCUGUUCCAGUGGAGCAGUUCCUCAAGCUUUCCCAAGAGCAGCACAAGAUUCAGCACAGCGGAGAAUACACUAACCCAAAGUGGUUUAUCCCCAACACACUCAAGUAUUAUGUGUUGCUGCAUGACAUGAACGAGGGAGAUGAACAAAGGGCUGAAAUGGUUUAUGAAGACAUGAAGCAAAGGUAUGGAUCUCAGGGAUGUUAUCUGUUAAAGAUCAACUCUCGUGCCUCUUCACCUGAGGAGGAGGAGCAGAUCCCAGACCCCUGGAGUCAAUACCUGCACAAGCAAAAUCUGCGGAACCAGGAGGUGUUGCAACUCGCUAAUGUGGUUUCUGCUCAGGAUGGGGUUGUUGCACCUGAGGCUGAUUCAGGUGACUCAACAGAGAAAGGAGCUGGAGGAUCCGGUUGCUUGGAUACCCACCCCCUUCAACUGGACACAGACAGCUGCACAGCCGGCCUCCUAACACUCAGCCCUGUCGACGCUGAUGGGAAGAAAUGCACAGGAGACACGGACAACCCGGCUGCAGCUCCAGGGAACCACGGCACCUGUCUCACCCUCAAUGAUCAUGAUCGCAUCAGACAGUUUAUCCAAGAAUUCACUUUCAGAGGCUUGCUGCCACAUAUAGAAAAAAAUAUCAGACAACUGAAUGACCAGCUGGUUUCUAGGAAAGGACUGAGCCGGUCUUUGUUCACGGCCACCAAGAAGUUUUUUGGUGGAGGUAAAGUUCCAGAGAAGAGUGUUAAUGAACCAAAGAGCACUUAUGGCCUUCAAUACCCCCCUGAAGCUCCUGAGCUGCAGAUCAGAAAGAUGGCUGACCUCUGCUUCCUGGUUCAGCACUAUGAACUGGCCUAUAGUUGUUACCACACCGCCAAGAAGGAUUUUCUGUCAGACCAGGCUAUGUUAUACGCUGCAGGGGCUCUGGAAAUGGCUGCAGUGUCCGCCUUUCUGCAGGGCGGAGCCUCGAGACCAUAUCCAAGCCACUAUAUGGACACUGCGAUCCAGACGUACAGAGAUGUUUGCAAAAACAUGAUGCUGGCUGAACGCUGUGCAUUACUCAGCGCAGAGAUACUGAAAAGUCAAGCAAAAUACUCUGAGGCUGCAACUCUUCUUAUUAAGAUGACCAGUGAGGACUCUGACCUUCGCAGCGCUCUUCUGUUGGAGCAGGCAGCCCAUUGCUUCAUUAACAUGCGUAACCCUAUGGUGCGCAAGUUUGCUUUCCAUAUGAUCCUGGCUGGUCAUCGCUUCAGCAAAGCGGGACAGAGGAGACACGCACUGCGCUGUUACAGUCAAGCCAUGCAGGUCUACAAGGACAGAGGUUGGUCUUUGGCAGAGGACCAUAUCAACUUUACAAUUGGUCGUCAGUCCUUUACACUGGGGCAGCCUGAGAAUGCUUUACAGGCCUUCAGACAGAUCCUGAUUAAUGAUAGCCAACAGACAGCCACACAGCAAGCUGCCUUUCUCAGAGAAUACCUCUACGUUGUCAAGAGUGUUCUUGGAGAAAAUGAAAGCUGCCUCCCCCAGCUGCCGCUGCCUCACAUCCGUAGCUCUGCUACCAGAGUUUACUUUGGACAUGAACGCCGCCUUGCAGAAGGGGAGAAGCAGGCGGCUACUCACGUUUCCUUGGAUCAGGAGUAUGACCAAGAUUUGUCAGUCCUGUGGUGCCAACUUGAGGAGCAGCUUGCAGCAUCUGCCAAUCGAGGGAUUCUUCCAAGUAACUUCCAACCUACUCAGUGCUGUCUGAACAGUCAGACAAACAACCUCCAUCACCCACUGGCUGUGAUUGAGGAACCAAUAAUUGUGGAGGUCACAUUCAGAAACCCUUUGAAGGUUUCUUUGCUUUUGUCCAACCUCUCUCUCCUAUGGAGGUUUUCUACUGGCACACCUUUAGGGGGAAAGGAAUCAACAAGUGAGCAGAUAGCUGAAGAGAUGAUCACUAAUGAAGACUCUUCAGCAGGCGAGAAAGAAGAAAUUGUCACAACAGAGAUCAUCAAAGAGUUCUACCUGGGAUCAGAAGAGACCAAAACUGCCCGACUGAAGCUGCUGCCACACAGAACUGGUCAGCUGAACAUUGUAGGAGUGAUCUACAACCUGACUUCAUCUCACUUUGGGGAAGCCUCUUCAAACACUGAAGGACAGCAGAUGUUAGACACCACGAUCAUUCGUGGUAGACAGGACCUGAAGAUCCAGGGCCCAAGACUUAACCUGACAAAAGAAGACAAAAUGCAAGUUCGAUAUGACAUGGAUCGACGUUUGGAGCCCAUCAUAACCCCAUCUAUGCCCCUAAUGGAGGUCUUCUUCCUGCAGUUUCCCACUGCCCUGCUGUGCGGCGAGAUCAGGAAAGCUUAUGUGGAGUUCUGUAAUGUCAGUGCAGUUGCUCUGUGUGGCCUUCGGGUGGCGUCCACACACCCUGAUUUCUUCACCUUUGGCAGCCAGAGCACAGCACCCUUCACACCUUCCUGCCCCCGCUCAGCAGAGAACUGCUCCGCCUAUGUGACAUUUCCUACCCCCCUCCCGCCAGGCUCCAUGUCCUCUGAGACGUUGGUUUCUGCUCCUGCAUGCAGUCAGCCCACUGGGGUCACAGAGAUCCCAAUACAGGGCAGCACACUGCAGCCAGGACAGUCGGUUCAGCUACCUCUCUGGCUCCGAGGACCAGACCAGGAAGGAGUUCACGAAAUCAACUUCCUGUUCUACUAUGAGAACACAGAGAAAGGACUCAAAAUCAGUCACCGGGUUUUGCGUCACACGGUGUUUAUCUGCGCCAGUCGGUCUCUGAGUGUCCAGGCCUCUGCCUGCCGCAGCAGUGCUUCCCCGCAUCGCUCUCUAGAUGACAAAGGCAGCGGGGGAACUCUUGUUUUUAUUGAUGUGGAGAACGUAAAUGCUAGUGAAAAUGGUGUCCGUGAGUUCCACAUUGUCCAGGUGUCUAGCAGUAGUCAGCACUGGCGCCUCCACAAGUACAUUAAUCCAUGCAACAAUUAUGAUUGCAGACUCAGCAGUCGAGAAAGAGCUAAGCUUUGUUUUAAAGCCAUGAGAUGCAAGCCACAUGAAGGCUCUGAUUCUGCAAGAGAAUACACGUUUGCAGACCUGAAUCUUGGAAAUGAACGGAUCAUGAGUUCCUCUACACCAUGUGGAGAUUUCUUCUUCCGUUGCCGUCAGAGCUCGGUGUUGGAACAAGUGAAUUCAACUCCCAGGAACAGCAGAAGUCAGGGCUCUGGCCACACUGACAACACAGCCUCCGACAUUACAAGUAUCGCCAAGAAGUGUAAUGAGCUCGACCUAAGCAUAAUCGUCAUCUGGAAGGCUUACGUUGUUGAGGACAACAAACAGCUGAUCUUAGAAGGCCAGCUUCAUGUGGCCCUGCAGACAAUUGGCAAAGAGGCCAGUUCUCUGAUUCCCAAAGAGGAAACUCAGGAGAUGAUGCUCCUCAGAUUUAAGUCGGAGUUGCCUCCUCCAGUCAUUCUGCCGUAUCCAGAGCUGACCCAGCUCAUCAGAACAAACCUCUGCUACCCUGAAACCUUUACUCAUCAUUUUGUCAAAGAAAGCCUUUGCUUAGUCCCAGUAACUCUGACUCUGUCCAACUGCUCCUUGGUUCAGAUAGAUGUCAUCAUUGACCUGCGGCACAAAAGCAGCAGCUCCGAGUCUGUGGAGGUCCAUACCUCGUUUGCUUGGGUGGGUCAGACGCAGUACAAGCUGCAGCUGGGCUGCCAGGAGAUGGUCCGCCUCACUCUGCAGGCCUGCUUCUUUCGUGCUGGUGUCUACAACCUGAACACUCCACUGGUUUUUGCUAAGCCAGCUGAACACAGCACACUGUGUGAAUCAAGUCAGCAAACAGCCAGUCCUGCUCUCAUCAUCAUCAACAACGCCUGUCCUCUCUUAUCCUGAGGGGACAGUGGGAUGCUACUGAUUCACCACAUGGACACAAAGGCACAGUUUGACUCUCUGACAGAACUACCAGUGACUGAUGGUGAACGUACGAAUCUUUGUUUCAUCAGUGGAUGCUUCACUGGUUGACUUCCUUACACACACAAAGCCACCCCUUCCCUUCUGUACCCCAGACUCCUCAUCCUCUCUCACUCUGUUUUGACCUGAGAGACUCUAACUUGCACUUUUCUUUGCUUGCUAACAGAAAGCCAGGCGGAAGUCAUGACAGCUUGAACAUGAAACUGCUCAAAUAUAUUCUGAUUUAGACUCAAUAAAAAAUGGUCCGUUUUGAUUGGUCCUGUGAGGCCGAAGUGACCGCUGCUCCCACGGCCUGUGGGCUGAUGGUGCCUGUCUGAACCUGGAGUGAGUCCAUUUCACGCCUUUGCUUAAUUCCUGUACAGUGAGACUCAUUUUCUGGCUUUAUGUUGGCAGUUUGUUGAAUACUGAAGAGCCGGCCUGCUGCCAUUCAGGGAUCUUUAUUCAAAAAAGCAAUCACUUCCUUCUUUGAAUGUGGAUCAGACAUUUUCCUCACAGUGCAGAUUGCCCCCUAUGGAAUUUAUUUAUUUCUAAUAGCAAAUUGGAUGCUAAAAUAAAAAUAAUGAUGGCAAAAGGCUAUUUUGUCUAGGAUGUAUGGAGUGUAGAAUUAUUUAACAAAGGAAUAAUUGUUUUCUUUAAGAUCUUUAAGACACAAAGUAGCGCUUUAAUACCCACCAUGACAUUUUUUGUAGUUUGUUGGCCAUAUUUUCAAUCACUCUGGCAUGUAAUUACUUCAUGAAUCAGUCUCAUAUUUCUCACAAAUAAAUAAAGCUACUAAUCUGACACAA